GCCCCCGGACUCGUGCUCACGCCUCUGCGCCGGCUCUUGGGCGCUACGUGGGCUGCCGGCUCGUCUUCCUCGUGCCUCAGUCUCCCCAGCUCUCCGCCAUCCCUCUCGGACCAGUUCUAGAAGUGCCCAGCAUCCUGCUCUAUUGUCCCCGCCGCGAGGCCCCGCACACCAGCUCACUUUUUCCUCUGAGAUCGGGAGCACAUUACUCAUUCUUCCUCUUUCCCCUCCUUGCUGACUCCUCGGCUCUGGGGACAGCCCGGAGGGAGGCACUAGGCCCCCUGCUCUGGCCCGCGCUGUAGGGCCCGCCUCGGUGGACUGAGUUCUUCUCGGCCCCAAAGGUGUCCCUGUGCAGCGGCUGCUCCUGGAAGCCCAGUCUGAUGUCGCCCUCUGGUUGCCUGUGUCUCCUCACCAUCGUUGGCGUGAUUCUCCCCACCAGAGGACAGACAUCAGAGGAGACCACAUCCAUUCCUUCAGCAGACUCAACCACUGUGAACAUUCAUGCCCUGACUCAAACCCCAGACACAGUCCAACCAGAGUCCCAGUCCACCCCUCAGACACCUCUGCAGGCUGGUGGAACAACACAGGAGCAGGCGGAGGAGACCCAGACCCCACAGCCGACGCCGAUGGAUGUGCUCCUAGCAACAGACCCGGGGACGGGCCCGAGCGGCCCAGAAGCCACUCCCUCUGCCGCUCCCACUAAAGGCACCACGCUCUCCAAGAGGCGAUCUCCAGGCAAAGACGUCAGGCCGGACGCUGCCCUCGGGCCGACUGGCCCCAGUGAGGACGACCCCUUCUCCUAUGAUGAGGACACUCUCCGGAAGCGGGGGCUAUUGGUCGCAGCUGUGCUGUUCAUCACGGGCAUCGUCAUCCUCACCAGUGGCAAGUGUAGACGGUUACCCCAAUUGUGCCGGAGUUAUAACAGGUGAGGCCAUCAGAAGUAGGGGCCGGCAGCCCAAUCGAUGGGCACCCAAGACUGAGUCCCCACUGGAUCACCGUGCCCAGCCACCUUCCUCCCUUCUCGGAGCCUAUGUAAUAGUCGGUAGAGUCCAGCCCGAGAAGGAAGACCCGGAUGGAGACAGAGCGGGGGCUGAUGGCCCAAGGUCCCUACGCUCCCAACCCCGCCCACCCUGGGGGCUGCAGGGCCCCCUGGGCGGUGUCUCCUCCUGCCCCCCCACAUUGUCCCAUUCUGUUCCGAUGAAGAGUAAAGCACUGUGGUCCUUGCC